AUGAAGUUAGAAAUUUUGUUGGGGACUUUGGAUCUUUCAGAGGAUGCAAUGGGUGGAGCAAAAAGCUGGCAAAAUUACUUUCCUUUGUUAUACAAAAUCUUGAAAAUAUUUGAAGAAAAUAAUAAUAUUAAAGGGUUGAGAAUCUUUGAUAUUAUCCCUCAAUUUAGCUUUCAUACAAGAUAUAUGCCUCUUGAUACAAAUGCACUUUACAAAGUCUUAAAAUCAAUUGUCAUCCAUCCUCUUGAAAGAGGGAUAAAUGAAACACAAUUUGGGGAUAAUGCCAAUUAUUAUUGGAAUCAGGAUGAGUUCAUUGAGGAUAAUUGUGGAAUAACUAAUAUUUUUGGAAAAAAAGAUGAUUGGUCUUGA